UCACUUUUGCUGCCCACCUUUGUUUGACUAGGAAUCCCUAAAAGUAUGCAAACCAAAACUGGGAUACACACACACUUGUUGUGUUGGCAAACAUCCGGAAUAAUCGAUAACGGUAAAGUUUGCAGAGACGAAAAUUUCACGCAAAAAGGAAAUUUAUAAAAAAAAACAAUGGCCACACAAUUCGUGUUUCUCUUUUUGACGCUGACAGCUGGACACUUUGUUUCGGCAUAUGCACCAAUGUCUAAGGAAAGCAUUUUUGCUGAUGUUCUUCUCACGGAGCUACUAAAUCGCAUGGAAAAAGAAAACGACCCACUAAGUAAUUAUUUCGAUAUUGAUACAGAUUUACCCAAGGGCCUGGAUCUCGUAUCACGUUCUUCGGGACAACAUGCACCCGAGGAUUACGAGUAUCGUAAUAUAUUCCCUGGGGGUUCCAACCCAUCCAUACGAGAUCAGGAACUGAUGCAACACAGUUCAUUGUGGGGCCAUCAAUAUGUGUCCGGGGGUAUGGGUGAAGCUCCCAAUCAUUUCCCGACUUUGAUAAAAACCGAUGCAAGUUUGCCAGCCUAUUGCAAUCCCCCGAAUCCCUGUCCCCAGGGCUAUGAUCAAAGUGCAGGCUGCAUUUCUGAUUUCGAAAAUACGGCACUGUUCAGUCGCGAAUACCAAGCAGCCCAGGACUGUACAUGUGACAGUGAACAUAUGUUCGAUUGUGCUGGUCAGGAUUCUAGUGCUGGCAACAGCGAAAUGGCUUCAACGAUGGAGAAAUUCUUAAUGCACCAGUUUCAGAAUGAUAAUUCCAUUGACAGCUCGAAUGCACCAGUUAAGAAACACUUUGGCAUUUCCCCAGCCGUUGCUGCCGUUAAUCCAUUUUUGGAAGGCGAUAAGUUACCAAUAGCAGCCAAAAAGGGCAAUCACAAUCGCAUCAAGGUCUAAGACCCGCAACAAGUGAAGUCCACAAUGAAUGAAAACAUAUAUAUAUCUUAUUUAGCCCCCCAUUUCUUUUCAUCAUGGAAAAAUAGAAAAUGUUAUGAAAAUUAACUAAAAUAAAUUAUGUAUAUAGCGAUGUAAAACAUAUGUAUGUAGUAUGUAUAACAUAAAGAAGAACGUAAAAUAAACAAAUAAUGUGUAUGUAUCACAAAAUGUAUGUUAGUAUGUGCAUGUUCCUGAGUAAAAUGGACUUGGUUUUAAUGGCACGAAACCAGUCAAAGAACUUGAUUUUGAUUUAAAUAUCAACUGUUAAAAUAAAAUACCUUAAAAUGAUUUGAAUUAAUGAAAAAUACACAAUAAAAUAUCAUAAAUGUUAUUUCUCCA